AUGGCCGAUCCAGAGCUGGCCUCGAAACUGGCGAAACGUCUUGAGAGCGUCGAUGAUACGGUAACAGAUAGUUCCAAAGCGGAAACUCCUCCUCCUCCGGUACCGAAGAUGCCAGAAAAGGUUGUUCCUAAUCCUUACGUGGCUGUGGAUAACACUGUCUCGAUAGAUGAUCUCAUCGCUAAAGCUAUGGAAAGAAAAGAACAUCCAGAGGAAAAUAACAAUGUAGCAAGUCCGAACGGCAUUACAAUGGACGAUGCACAUGUGGUGACGGCAACGGUCAACGGCCACGAUACGCAGCCUGAUAUUCACACAGGACCGCCACCGAAACGGACACUUGCCGAGCUAUUGGCAAAAGAUCAAGAACGAUCGGUCAGUCCACCACGUGUUAGCUCACCCGAUACGUCUGCAAAACAGACGCCACCACCGAAAACGACGAUCGGCGAGCUGCUGGUGAAGGACAAACAACCCCUGUCUCCACCGCCAACCAGUAAAUGUCCGUUGGUUCCUGUCCAACAUCAUGUUUCAAAGCCUAGCACUCGACGAUUGAGUCCGGAAGAUGACGGCAGUGAGUUGGAACGGAAAUUGGCAGCACAAAGGGCCAAGAAAUCUUCAGCUUCGGUUGCUGCUACGGAAUCGAACGUCAUUUUCUCCACCCCAGAGAAUUCUAUUCCACCGCAAAAGCCGCCUCGAAGUGAGGAACCCGUAAAAACAGCUCCCGUUGAGGAUCAUGGGAAGUCAUCUCAGCUCGAAGAAACAGAAAAACCACCGUGUAGCUCCUCACCACAAGGUUCCACCCCUUUGCCGCAAGAUUCGCCUCCGAGUGAGGGAAUAGAGAAAACGGAGGAGCGCAAUCAGUCAUCUCAGCCCAAAGAGACAGAGAAACCACCGUGUAGCGAUGAACCUGGGAAGUUACCCCAGAGUGAAGAGCCUGCUGUGCCAUUAGAGCAAACUGCGCAGAACGGAGUGCCAGAGGAAACGGACAUGGAACACCGAAAGGACAACGCCACUGCCAAGUCGUUUUCGCCAUCAAGAGAGCUGCUCGAGAUGAUUCAACACGAAAAUGGAAUUCGCUCUCCUCCUCCGAUUCCUCCGCCAAAACCACAGACGCCGUCCCAUAGUCGUCCUCAAUCGCCGGUGGUCAAGGUGAAUUGCUUGUUUCUUAUAUGA